CAUGUAAGUCCAAGGGGAAAUGUGACCCUCGCCGUUCUCAUGUCUUUCAUCGACGUCUUCACCAUCAUCGCCAACCUCACGGUCAUCGCCUCAAUGAUCUGGUCGCACGUCAGGCGCCGCAGAAACCUCCAUCGCGAGCUCAACAGCAACAACCACAUCACCAAGCUGCUCAUCGGCUCAACAGCUGUUGCCAACGUCUUCAUCGGGGUCUUCAUCAUGCCGCUUGGAAUACACGAGAUGAUCAACAGAGGCAAGUGGACGCUGGGCAAGCACAUGUGCCGAGCCCGUCUCACGGUCCUCAUGAUCCUCUGCACUGUGUCCGCCUACCACGUGAUGUGUUUGGCCUUAGACCGCUACAUGUCCGUGUGCAAACCGUUAAAGUACCGGCUACUCACGACCAAAAUUGGCCGCUCCAUGGCAGCGGCCUGCUGGGGAAUACCGGUCAUCUGUCUUACUGUGCCGUCCACAGCUGGGUGGCAUCUGAUGGGCUUCGAGGAAACUGCGGAGUGCAAUGAUCUGAAAAAAAUUUGUGACAUCAUUUACAAUUCAGCUUCUUUCGUUACACUAAUCGUUACAGCGCUCUACUUGCCCUUCAUAAUAUCGUUUAUUCUAUACACGCUUGUCCUCGUCGAGGUGAGAAAUUUUAAUAAACGAAAGACAAAAUAUCAUCGACAUGAGCGCCAGGAAAGUAUGUCCAUAUUUUAUAUCAGUGAUAUAUCUGUUGAGGACUCUCCGCAGAAUGCUGUUCAAUUAGGCAUCCAGGAGUUAACAAAUAGUGACGAAGUUUCAGGAAGAAACUAUCUUUCUGUGGCAUCUGCGAGUUCAUUUUCAGGAAAUUCCCAAAGCGAUAAAUUACAAAAGGAUGGAAAUGUCAUUCUUUCCAAGAAAUCCAGUACAUGUGUCAGCACAGGGUCCCAGCAAAUAUCAAACGGCAACAUGAGAGCCAUCUGUACCGUGGGCAGCAUCGUUGUCUGCUACACCGUCUGCUGGCUGCCCAUGUGGAUCUGCUCGAUGAUGGCCGUCCUUUUGUCAAGCGAAAUACCUUUCUGGGUGUUCGUUCUCAUCGUGUGGUUCGCCACGUCACACGCAGCUUUGAACCCGGUUUUGUUCUGUUUGAAUAGGUCCAUCAGACGAGCCGUCAAGUUAUUCCUGUGUCGCAAAUAUGAAUAA